CCCUCCACCAAAAACCGCGUUAACCACAAUUGACGUGAGUGCUCAAGAAUCCCUUUUGAGUUUCGAUCUCACAAACACUUUGGAGUUUUAUUAAACAAAGACAAAACCAUCUUCGGCUUCAUUCUUCUCCUUCUUCCUCCUCCUUUCCUUCUACUUCGAUCUUCUCCUUCUCCUUGUUUUUCUUCAAAGUCAAAGAAGAAGGAACAAAAAUAAUGGUGUUCACCACGUUACUGUUGCUAGCACUUCUAUUUCUUGCUGCCUUCUUUAUAUAUUUCCCCAACCGCAAGCUUCUUGCAUGGUUUCAGUCUUUUGUUCCAAUCCAAACGGCUUCUAAGUCGGCUGCAACGAAGAAAGAAGUGAUCAAGAAAGACGUUAGGUCAGUGAUGACAACGAAAAGGGAGGAGGAUCCGGAGCUGAAGAGGGUGUUUGCUACGUUCGACAAGAACAGUGAUGGGUUUAUAACAAAGCAGGAGCUGAAGGAGUCGCUGAAGAACAUCAGGGUCUUCAUGAGUGAUGAGGAAGUUGAAGAAAUGGUGAAGAAGGUCGACGCAAACGGAGACGGGCUGAUCGACUUUUCCGAGUUCUGCUUGCUCUGCCAGGGUCAGUCUAUUAUGAGCGGAGGAGAAGCCGGAAGUGAAGUUAGUGAUGUGGACCAAGAGGAGAAGCUGAAGGAGGCUUUUGAUGUGUUUGACAAGGAUAAAGAUGGGUUGAUUUCUGUGGAGGAGUUGGGGGUGGUUUUGUGCUCUUUGGGUUUGAGAGAAGGGAAUAGAGUUGAGGCUUGUAAGGAAAUGGUGAAGAAGGUUGAUAAAGAUGGAGAUGGAAUGGUUAAUUUCGAUGAGUUCAAGAUGAUGAUGAAAGGUGGGAGGCUUCUCACUGCUUUUUGAUCAAGUAAGGCACUUGGUUCAAGUCCAAUUAAUCAAACACACACACCAUUGUUGUAUAGGAAACAAGAACAGUUCUGGUUCAUCAAACUUCACAAGCUUCCCUGCAGAAACUAGAUGCACUGAAAUGGCCGAGUCUCGCAAUCCUCUAACCAACAAUCCACUAGCUAGUUAUUUUCUUUAAAUUGUCAUUUUUACUUUUCAUGGCAGGCAAACUAUCAUGGUUUAUGCCUCUACAGUUUUUGGGAAUGCAUUUUUUUUCUUUCUUUGGUAUGAUCUCUAUUCUUAUGCAGUACUAUGAAAUAUGAAUAUGGGUUCUAUUCAGUCUA